AAAUGGCAGACAACGGCGAUAUUAUCGAGGGGUGUCGACUCCCGGUGCUACGGAAAAAUCAGGAGAAUGAAGACGAGUGGCCUUUGGCAGAAAUCCUCAGUGUCAAGGAGAUCACGGGGACAAAGCUCUACUAUGUCCACUACAUUGACUUCAACAAGCGCCUGGAUGAAUGGGUGACCCCAGACAGACUGGACGUUAAGAAGCUGCAGUUUCCCAAAAAGGAGGCCAAGACCCCUUCCAAAAAUGGCCUCCCUGGGUCACGACCCAGCUCCCCAGAGAGAGACCCCGUGAGGAAGACUCUAGAUCUCAGCCUCCAAACUGCUACAGCUCCAUCCAGAGGCAAAACCAUCCCCACAACGAAGCGGAAAGCUGAAUCGCUCACCCUAGCGACACCAUCCCCGGCCGGAGCUGUGUCUUCGCUGCCUGUCUCCACGGAAACCUCCCAGGCAUCCGUCUAUCCAUCUAUGAGGGAAGGAAACGCCUUCAGCCAAAAGUGCAAACCCCGCGAUGACCACGAGCAGCUGACCUCCCUCACUACGAAUGGUACAGCCCGUCGCCUCAUGCCCUCCCAGCCAGGCCGAAAGAGGAAGGCGAACUGUGGGGGAACUGAUGAGGACUCCCAGGACAGCUCCGAUGGCAUCCCCUCCGCCCCCCGCAUGACUGGCAGCUUGGUGUCGGACCGCAGCCACGACGACAUCGUCACCCGCAUGAAGAACAUCGAGUGCAUCGAGCUGGGCCGCCACCGCCUCAAGCCCUGGUACUUCUCGCCCUACCCCCAGGAGCUUACCGCCCUGCCAAUCCUGUACCUCUGCGAGUUCUGCCUCAAGUACCUCAAGAGCCUCAAGUGUCUGCAGAGGCACCUGACAAAAUGUAACCUUCGGCAUCCCCCCGGGAAUGAGAUCUACCGUAAGGGCACCAUCUCCUUCUUUGAGAUCGACGGCCGUAAAAACAAGACAUACUCUCAGAACCUGUGUCUACUGGCCAAGUGUUUCUUGGACCACAAGACUUUGUACUAUGAUACCGAUCCCUUCCUCUUCUAUGUGAUGACAGAGUAUGAUUCCAAGGGUUUUCAUAUUGUUGGCUACUUCUCCAAGGAGAAGGAGUCAACAGAGGAUUACAAUGUUGCCUGCAUCCUGACCUUGCCUCCCUACCAGAGAAGAGGAUACGGCAAGCUGCUUAUUGAAUUCAGCUACGAGCUGUCCAAGGUGGAGGGUAAGACCGGCACGCCUGAGAAGCCCCUCUCCGACCUGGGCCUGCUAUCCUACCGCAGCUACUGGUCCCAGACCAUCCUGGAGAUCCUGAUGGACCUGAAGCCUGACAAUGGGGAGAGGCCUCAGAUCACCAUCAAUGAGAUCAGUGAGAUAACCAGUGUGAAGAAGGAAGAUGUCAUAUCCACCCUACAAUACCUCAACCUUAUUAACUACUACAAGGGUCAGUACAUCCUGACGCUGUCAGAAGACAUUGUGGACGGACACGAUAGAGCCAUGCUGAAGCGUCACCUCCGCAUCGACCCCAAAUGUCUCCACUUCACCCCCAAGGACUGGAGCAAGAGGGGCAAGUGGUAGAGGCCAGCAUGCCCCCCCCCG